GGCACCAAGGACCCAUGGUGCUCUGGGGCGGAGGGGGGCAGAGGCAGCGAGACAGAGGCAGAGAGGUUUCAAUCGUGAGGGAACAUAGGAACCAAAGAUCUCCCAACCCCCCCCUCUGCAUCUGCUCCUCAAGGAAAACCAGAGAUACUGAGCAGUGUGUGGGAAAGAGGCGAAAGAGGAAGGAAAAAAAAGGAUUCCAAAGAACAUGAAAGAAAGACAUUGUCAUUAAGCGCACUAGGAAGUUCUCUCUUUCCCUCUCUUCCUCCGUCUCGCACCUCUCUCAAUUUCAUCUUAAAUCCACUUCAAUUUCCCCUAAAGGAAUCAACUCUCCCCUUUCCUCAGCGAGAGGCAGAAAAAGAAGAGCCCAUUCCUCCUGGUAGGUAAACCAGGACUUUCCUCUUUCUCUCUGCUCCGCUUCCCUGCUCCCCUCCCGCUCCCUCCUCUUCACCAUGACGCUGCUGGCCUCUGAGAGGUCACUUCUCAUCCGGAACAAGUUCCGCUCAGUGCUGCAGCUGAGAAUUCAAAAUCGAAGGCUACAAGAAAUCAAUAGGGAUGCAGGGUUAAAAUCCUCUCGCCUCCCCCAAAUUGGAGAGAAGGACCCUGGGGAAACUCAACGUCUCACCGACAGUGAUGGACGUCAGAAGUUGCCCUCUGGUGGUGUGAGCAUUGAAACUGCACAAGAGAGGGCUGUUUGUGGGGGCCAGAGGCAGAGGAAGGUUCACCAGUCACAGGACCCUGCAGAUGGGAUCAGAAGUCCACCUGUAGGCCAGCAGCAGGAACCCACACUUUCCCUGGAGAGCUGUCCUGCCUCCCUCCCCGCCAAUGUCUUCGAAGAUGACAUUUCCCCCUCCCCCUCAUUUGCAGAGCAAUGCGGUGCUCAACAAUCACCAGCCAUUCCCUCAUUACCAGGACUUCCGUGUGACCAGUCACUAAGUGACUGUUCAGCCUCCAGUUUGGCGUUGCUCCCGGCAACCGUGGGCAUCAGGCAACCUGUGAGUGUAGCACUAUGCGAGUCAAACUCUAUGGCAACAACUGGGAGACCAAAUGGGAUAUAUUUGACUUCCCAAACCACGUCUCUAUUACCAAAGACAACACAGCCUCCCAGCCGCAACUGCACAUCAUCUCUGCCAUCUUCCCUGAACCUCAACCAUCUUUCACGUCCACGUAAACCAAGGGACACCAAACCCAAAAUGAAGAAACUUAAGUAUCAUCAGUACAUUCCUCCUGACCAGAGAAGGGGGGCUGGGACUGGAGUGGGAGGAGCAAAACAGAAGAGCCCUAACUCAAUCCAGUCCUUAGACCCAGCCUAUUCCCAUCUUCUAAAACAGCCGCAGGUCUUCCUUCACCUUCAAAUCCUUCAGAAUCAGCAACAACUCACUGUUGUACCCAAUGGUGAGCACAAUGAUCUUAUGAAGUCUUCUGGAGCCUUGCCACAAAAUGUCCAACCUGUCCCUGGGACUACAAACCACUCUCCCACAGACAUAAACCCUGUUUCCAAGCCUGAGCUUCUCCCAUCAAAUCUGGUUGAUUUGACGGUAUCGGAGCUGCGACAGCAGCUGCGUAAGCGUGGGCUUCCUGUCUCUGGCACCAAGCCAACGUUACUGCAACGACUUUGUCCCUUCCAGCUUCAGCAUGCUUGCCUGAGCCCUGCUCCCUUCUCCCAGCUGAGCUCCAGCCUGGACCCUCUCACUCCGAGCCCCCCACUACCAUCUAACCAGAGCCCUGGCUCCAGCUCCAGCUCUGGACUAGACUCACCAAGCUGCAGCCCAAACCAACAGCUGUACAUCCAAGAUGGGGCAAUUCCUAAUGGGAUUCACACUGUCGCUCCAAAUACAGUUCCAAAUGGAACAUUGAACACCGUCCCAAAUGCAUUUACAAAUGCUGCGACAGUUAGCUUGGCAGGUGAACAGUGUAAUCUUACCAGCACUGCCUUCAUGGCCUCCGCCAGCACGGCCUCAGGAACACCAAGUCCCAGUUUACCCAUGCCAUCGUCCUCGCUAGUGCAGUGUGGGACUCCCUGGAGGGCCGAUAAUGAGCAGCAGGAGCAACAGCAGCAAGAGUUGAGUGUGGAACUACAGAUGAGGGAAAGGAUACGCAGCAGGCCCAGGGACCGUUCCUUAAACACUGGUAAUGAGCCUUGUGAGGGAUCCCUUCAUCCAUUCCUGCAACAGGAUCCUGGAUGCUCUAGGAAGACUGAGGCACAUGUACAGUCAGAGCAGUUGUUAAAUCAGGUGUUUUGCUGUCAGCCUUGUGACUUGAUUGACCGCAACUUUGAGCUGCCAGUGCAGAUCACGGCAAGUCCUGUACAGACUGUUCCUGGCAUUCGCAGCUUGGAAGAAGACCUACAAGAGGCUAUUCAGAGGGCGCAGAUGGACCCUCCACAGUCAAUUGAUGACAUUCUGGAUGAGGCUUUCACUUGUGAUGGCUCUGUCAAUGUCUCUGAUCGUAAAUCCCCUGCCCACCUCUCCCCUGACCUUUCUGCCUCACCUCAAAGGGAGCAGUCCCAGUCGUCCCAACAGCACAACAUGGACAGCAACUGCUUGCCGUCACCCCUUUGCUCCUCUCUCUUGUUGGAGCUCCCUCCAUCUCCAGCAGUAAUAAACCCAAACCAAGUUCUCCCAGCUCCUCCCCCUCUCCUCAUCUGCACCUCACCUUUGACAUCAACCGCGAAGUCACGCAAACGACGGGCUCCGAUGCCAUUUGAUGCCGCAGAUUGGCUUGAAACGCUGACAUCUGGUCUGCGCCCUGUUACUCCACCCAAAGCUCCCUUUGUGGAGCCAGAUUUCAGCCUGGAUUCAGACCUGAAUGUGAAUCGAGUUCUGGAUCUACUGAUAGAGAAGUGGUGAGGACACCCCAGACCCCUGCACAUCAAAUGUUUGCAAACUGUUUGUAUGUACAGUGGAGCCAAUUUUUAAGGGUCGCCAGUGGGAGAAGCUUUCUACAUUUUAUUAAGGGCACAAUGUCAUAAAUUUCAAUGGGGUCUCUGCUCCCCAUCACUGAUAGGCUGGCAGAGUUUCUGGCUCCACGCAAUGUCGAGAGCUGGAAUUGUUGCAGCCCUGAGAUCAGACACAGCUUUUAAAGGAAACAUGUGCAGUGUACACUGACUGCUGUUCAAAGCAGUCAAAGCAGGCUUACCCAGAAAAAGAAAUCAAGCAACACAUCGGUGAGUUGACUCACUCCGCAGCACAAUGUGUGGAGCGCAAAACAAAAGAAAACCUGACGGCGUAUUAAGUUAAACAUGCUCCCUGGCUGUGCUGGGAGAAUGUUGUUUCUGACUUAUCUCCAAAACCUGUUGUUGGAUUGGGUUGAGCGUGGCCCCUGGUGUUGACUCAAGUCAUUGAGUCCCAGUUAUUCAUAAAGCCCAUUCAGAGAGUGCAGCAGCUGGGUAGAGAACACAGCAUGUGUGUGGCUCCAGACCUUAACCCUGAUGCCAGACACACAGUCGGCAUGCAGAGGGAGAAAGCUGGCAGAACCCACAAAUAAGACAAGUGCGAGAGCUUGAGCGUAUGUGUAUGUGUGCUUUUAGAAUGCCUGAUGAUGUGCGAGUGCCCACACAAGUCUUGCAAACAUACAACUGCUUCCAUGUAUCAGCAGAAAUGCCAAACGCACUUGUAUUUAUUUGUUUGCUUCCAGUUACGGAUGUCAGUUUGUGAGCAGUACGGCUGAUUUGCAAGGUGAUGAAAGAGAAAGAGGAAAGUCUUUGGGUUUCUGAGUCCUUUUUUCAUUUCAGACGGUUUAAUGUGGAUCCACUGCCAGCAGGCAGCAGCCCUGUUGUAGUUUUACCUGCAUAAUCAUCAGAACAACCACCUUACAUUGCUCAGGUCGCCGUUCUCCAGACGUGCAAUCAGGAAAAAGUAGCUCCUAUACAACUGCACCAAUCAGCUGAGUGAGCUUCCUCACCACUUUGCAAAACCAGGUGGUCCUUUUUUCAGUGAUUAACCCCUAGCAGUGUCUGGCCCCAGUUGGAUGUUUACCUCCCUACUGCCAUGGCCAGUUUUAGCAUGAAAUAUGACCCCAAAACAAGGCCACACCUGCUCAGUAUGUAUAAAUUAAUUUGGAGCCUGACAUUGCUAAACAGCUGUUGGAUUUGAUCAGAAUACAAAAUAACCAGAAAAAGCCUGGAGUAGGAUAAAAAGGAAGUUGCAUAUUUCCAUGAUGAAGAUUUUUUAAAAUAAAAUCCGAUUCUUGGAUGGAUUGAACAAAAUAAACUAAUUAUCAUCCUAUUUGUUUUUUUUGUUUUUAAAAAAAUCCUAUAAGUGAAGUUCAUACAGAUUAGAAAAUAAAACCUAAAUUGACUGCAUAUCAAUUAAGUAAUUACUGAAAGGCUAACUCUGACCUAUUAACAUCUGUUAAAUUCUAAAAUAUUGCAUGAUUUAUUUUGUUAUAUCACAUGAUUUGUUUAACUAAUGAAACUCCAAAAAAACGAAUUCCUAAAAAUCCAAAAGUCAUAAUUUUUUGUGACGAUUGGAUGGGCACAGAAACUUAACGUCUGUCUUUCUUCUAUAUGUCUUGCUUUUCUCCCAGUCAGUUUGGAAUCUCUGGCUUUUCUGUCUGAUGGCAGAAAGAAAAGAUCCUUUUAGCAUUGAAAAUCUAUGGAGCCCGUGACCUGACAUGGGUAAAAAAAAUGAAAUCGUUCUCACAAAUUAUCAUUUUGUUCCCGUGAAUUAUUAUUUCGUUACCACAAAAUCAUAAUUUGUUCCCAUGGAAUAAUGACAUUUUUCCCCGAAUUAUUAAUUUUCUCAAACGAAAAAGUGUUUACAAUGAAGAAAAUCCCCAAAUUGGACUUUAUUCUUUCACAUGAACCAGAAGCAGUUACUUUACGAGCAGUCUCUUUUCUGGCUAGCCCCGAUUUUGUGGCAAAUGGAGUGAAUCUUCUAAUCUACUUUGUUAGAUUUGCUAAGUUUCACUUUGCAAAAUGUGUUAUCACACUGUUUCCAUUAAAUUAUUAAUGCGAAUAAACACAAAUCAACCCACGCCAUAAUUUAUUCACAAACGUGGAUGUGAGCAAUACUUGGAUUUACAGCAGAUAGAUUCAAAUUUCCGCCUGUGUACAUCUCAUUACAAUGCAUGGAAGACGCAAAGGAUGUUUAAAGAUUGGAACUAUUUAUUUUAAAAAGCUCUACAGAAGCAUCGGUAAUCACGUCUCCAUGUCUGGGUUCAUUCACAGUCUCUCCCGGUAUAGUGAGCCUCCCUCCAGCUCCAGUGUUGAACAGUGUCUCUCUGUUCGAGAGGGGAAAAAAAUCGACAACAAUCAAACUAGGGGAUCAUUUAUUUUUGUCUAGAUAAAAAUAUGAAAAAUAUCAUAAGGAAGCCCGAGCUUGCUGCCUGCCCAUCCCGCAGCAGCGCUCUGUCUGUGGGCUAGCGAGCUGCCUGCAUGCCGGCAUAACAAGCGGACGAGCUCAGCCGCCGGAGAUCGCUAUGCCGUCUGUCUGCCGUCCAGCCGCUCACCCAGGGGUAACCCAGCGUAGCGAUCACCUCGCUAUAGUCAAUGGAAACCUCAAUAAUUGAAGUGGCAACAUAUAUUUUAUUUAUAUUACUUAUCACUUAUCUUAUUUACGGUAAAUAUGUAACCGGAAGCAUUUAUUUCUGGUUGAAAAUAUGGGUUUAGUAAAAAGUCACAAUUAUUUUUAGGGAAUGAAUUACUAUUUCGUGGGAAUGAAUUAGUAUUUUCUGUUUUUACCCAUGUCUGGUCACGGGCUCCAUAGAAAGCUGUCAAAGAUCCUUGUAUAGUUUUCAGUAUUAAAAAACGUAACUGAAAAAAAAAAGGAAAAAAUAUAAAAAAAACAGGUUUUGUAAAAUGAUGUCAAUGAAAAUCAUAGCCAUCAUUGAAUAUUACUUGCUGCAAGAAAAAAGUAGAAAAAAAGAAAGAAACAAAGAAAAUUGUUAGGCGGGAGAGUAACAUGCUACCUCCUGUGACUUGAAAGGCUUUGGACUGACACUUGCCUUCUUUAUUUUUUUUUUAUUUCCACUGGAGCACAGUUUUCGGACAAGGCUUAACUCUUGAAACACUUCAUAUUAAAGGAAGUUUGAACAAUCAUCUGGAACCACCAGAGUGUUUUUUUGGUAUCUGUGAUUCAGUUGGCCAUUUUGCUGCUAUAACUUUUAAACUUGAGAAAAACAUGUAAUUUGUUUGCUUUUAUUUAUUAUGUAAUUUGUUCAAGCAAAAGACACCAAUUUUGUUGAAAAUGUGUUUAAAGCAUUAAGAAAAUUAAAGUCUUAAUAGAUUUUUAA